CAAGCCCACCACGAUCCCGAGACUUGAGCUGUGCGCUGCGCUCGUCGGAGUGCGCCUAUACGAAAAGGUGUUACGUUCUCUACGAGUGCAAAUUUAAGGGAAAGGUAGUGAAUCCUAUCAUGGGUAACCUGCCGCAGCGACGUGUGACCGCGAGUGGCUAUCCCUUCGAGACCGUUGGCAUCGACUACGCCGGACCUAUCAUGUCAGCCAGUCGACAAGGACGCGGCUGUAAACUUGUCAAAGUAUAUAUUAUUGUUUUCGUGUGUUUCGCUACUAAGGCCAUGCACAUUGAGUUAGUAGGUGAUUUGACAAGUAAUAAUUUUAUGUCGGCUCUUCGUCGAUUUAUGUCACGUCGCGGCAAACCUAAACACAUUUAUUCCGAUAACGGGACCUCAUUCGUAGGUGCGUAUAAUGAAAUCGGUCGUUUUAUUAAAAGUUGUAACAAUUCGCUGCCUGGUGACCUAGCUCCUGAAGGUAUUAAUUUCCAUUUCCUACCUCCUCACGCCCCUCAUUUCGGUGGUCUAUGGGAGGCAGGCGUUAAAUCUGUAAAGUUCCAUCUUAAACGAAUUCUUGGUAAUUGUAACCUCACAUACGAGGAAUUAAACACUGUGCUGGUCCAAAUUGAGGCAGUUCUCAACUCACGUCCGCUAACGCCGCUCUCAGCAGAUCCUAGCGACCUGCUUCCAUUGACGCCGGGACACUUCCUCAUCGGCCGCCCAAUCACCGCGCUGCCGACUGACUGCUACGAGCGACACGUCACAGGAACACUGAGCCGAUACCAACAUUUGGAGCAACUCCGCCAACAUUUUUGGCGCAGAUGGAGCAAAGAGUAUAUAUCGGAACUUCAGUUGAGGACGAAAUGGCGCUCCGAUCUAAACCCUUUACAGGAAGGUGUCCUCGUCAUCCUGAAAGAGGACAAUCUACCGCCGCUGAAAUGGCGGCUGGGUCGAGUCGUGGCAGUCCAUCCCGGAGCGGACGGAGUAUCCCGUGUGGCUGACGUGCGGACUGCGACAGGAGUCGUACGCCGCGCUUUUAGCAAGAUCUGCCCGCUGCCUCAAGACGACAUCUAGUUCUGUUGAAGGACGAGCCUUCAACGCCCGGGGGCAUGUUCGCGCCAAUUCGCCCUUGGGAUAUGCGCC